AUGCCCAAAUUCUCCCUUUCCACUCUCCUCUCGUCGCUGCUCUAUCUUCUCCCCGCAUACUUCUUUGUUCUCGCGCCGCUCCUCCGCCAACUCUUGCCCGAUUCAUCCGCAGGGAAUCUGUUCGACCUCGACCUCGAUGCCGACGGGACCGAGCCCGAUUCGGGCCUCACCCUCAACCCGGAUAUCCUGAGUCUUCCAGAUGGGGUCAUUCCGAAUUGUGCGCCCGACAAUUACCGAGUUCACCUCCUGCAGAAGGAUCCAUUGGUGAUAUAUAUUGAGGAUUUCUUGUCGGCGGAAGAAACGGACCACAUCGUCAAUCUAAGUAAAUCGAACUACACUCUCUCCACGAUCUACAACGGCCAAAACACAACUCACGAUGCCACCCGCCGCCUCUCCGACCGCGCUCUUCUCCCCCGCGACAACACCGUCCGAUGCCUCGAGGCCCGCGCCGCCGCAUUCCAGGGCUGGAAACCGCACCUCUACAUUGAACGCAUGUGGGCGCAACGCUACAACACCUCCGGCCACUACGUCCACCACUAUGACUGGGCCGGAUCCGCUGCCCGUGGCGGGGACCGCCUCAGCACAUUUAUGGUCUACUUGGGGGAUGACUGCGAGGGUGGAGGCACAAACUUUCCGCGGCUGAGGAUGCCUCGGAGUGCCGCGGCCCUCCGCGAAUGGUGUCGGUUUGUGGACCAUGCUGCCGCUGCCGCUGCCUCGCAGGGAGUUACAUUCAAGCCCAUCAAAGGCAAUGCCAUCUUCUGGGAGAACCUGCGACCGGAUGGAUCGGGAUAUCCGGAGACGUGGCAUGCCGCGUUCCCGGUCACCUCCGGAACGAAGAUCGGAUUGAAUAUUUGGAGCUGGUAUCAGCCCCCUCGGCGGAGGAGAGGUUGA